AUGGAAGGCCUUUGUAAUGGUACCAGGCUUAUAUGUAGAGAGCUGCGCCACAACACUAUUUGUGCAGAGAUUGCAGUGGGUCAGUACCGCGGUAAAAGAGUCUUCUUGCCAAAGAUUCCUCUCCAAACUUCUGACAGCGAAAAGAAUGGCAUCCUCUUUAAGAGAACUCAGUUUCCUGUCAAGUUAUGUUUUGCAAUGAUGAUUAACAAGUCUCAGAGGCAAACUCUGGAUUAUGUAGGGAUUUAUUUGCGCGAGCCUGUUUUCUCUCACAGCCAGUUAUACGUUGCCCUUUCUCAUGCAAAAAGUUCAUCUGCAAUUAAAGCACUGAUAGUUUCAGCAACAUGUCGAGAUGUAGUUACUGAGUGCAAAACUAGAAAUGUUGUCUUUCAUGAAGUUCUUGAAUUAGCUAGACAAAUGGUGAAUCUGCUUUCCAUUGCUAAUAUCAAGCCAAAAAUGAGGGGUUGGUUAGCGCACGUUACUGUUCAGGAAAAAAUGCAUAUCACUUCUUCACAGAAAUCCCCUACAAGAUACCAGAAAUUUGUUUUCUCUGAUGACCAGGGAUCAAGAGUUGAGGGAAUUAUGUUUAAUGCUGCUAUUGAAAAGAUGGGGUCAAAGCUUCAUACUUUUAAGAAGUAUCUGAUAUCAAAUGCCGAUGUUAGAGAAAUUGAGGAACAGUAUCAGACUAAUGACCUUACUAUUCAAUGGGUAAUAAGUGCAAAAACUGUUGUUGAGGAGCUGAGUGAACAGGGAAGCUGUGUUUUGACUAACGAGUUUACUCCUAUAAGCUUUAAAGACUUGGCCAGUUACGCUGAUUCAAAGUCUCAAACUGUUGGUCAGAUGGUCCCUACUGUUCUAUCUCUAUGGAAUACAUUUGUUGAAAAUGAAGGAAAGCUGCUUGCAGAUCACCACAGCAAGCAUCCAGUUCUUAUAUGCCGCAGGCUUAAAGUUGUCACAUACAAUGGAAUAGCACUCUCAACAAGAAAUGACUCAGUCAUUGUUGUUGAUCCCCCUGUAAGAGAUGCUAGAAGUCUAAAAAAUUGGGCAUCAAGGAAUGAAAAGGAAUUACUUGCCCUCCGCCGUGAUAAGCCGUACAAUAACCAGUCUCCUAAAAUAUUUUACGGUCCCCGGCAAAAACUAACUGAAAUAAGAGAUGUUUUGCCAACUGAAAAGGUUUCAUGGGUCAAGUGCAUGUUCUCUUUUGAGCACAUACUGCAAAAAUAUUGGUAUAUGGCAUAUGUAAAGUGCCGGCGUCUAACUUCCGCUGACUAUGGAUGCACUUAUACUUGCAACCAUUGCAAUGAAAAACAAUCUGCUCAGCCAAGAUGUCGUUUUGAUAUUGACCUGACCGAUCAUUCUGACACUAUUACGGCUUCAAUUUUUGGUGAACAAGCCGAGACAUUGCUAGGAUUUACUGCUUCACAAGCAAUGCAUUACUUCAACAGGCUUAAACCAGGAAGCACCAAGAAUGAUGGAUCAUAUCAGCGUUACACUAUUGUGUAUUAUUUUGAGGAAAAUGCUGAGACUACCUCUGCUGAAAAUCAGCUGCAUCGUGAUUCAAAUGCUAGCGCAGACAAAGAAGAAUUGCCAUCUAAAACAAGCCGUUCUCUUCUAAGCAGUCUUGAUGAAUCUGAGGAAGCUACUCCAAAGAGGCAGCGCAACAAAUGA